AACUAUUUUCAGCUGCUCAGUGACUUUCGUGUAAAGUUAGGUUGCAAUUAAGAGUGAGACUUCUUGCUGUUGAUCUUGAUGUUUAGCUACUGUUUGCAACUUCUCUGACAGUGCCACUUUACAGCCUCAUAUUGGCACCAUCUGGACCUGAGCUAACACUGGUAGCCUUUGUGCCAUUUUAGCCAUGUAGUGACCAUGUCUAGAAAGUAAAGUUCGAACAAUAUCAUGUGACCUAUUGUCGACCAACAGCUCCUCUACCAACAUCCUGAGGGGCAUUAUUGACCAGAAACCUAACUGGACCAGUCAUAUUAGCACCAUGGUUGUAAAAAGAGGGAAGAUACUGAUUUUGACUUUUUUUUUAAACAAUGAGUGUAUCGACCAAUGGCACUUUGAAGCUUCAUCUCUGUCUACGUGAUGUCAGGAAUUUCUUAUUUUUCCGAUCAAUCUGGUCAGAUAUGUUGUUAUUCCUCUGGAGCGGUUGGGAUUUGAACCCGGACCUUCUGAGUCACAGGUAUGGACAUUACCACUGUGCCAGAAGGCCCCUACCUGAUGUCAGGAAAGCAUUUAAAUACUCACCACUUACAGUAGAAGAGUCCAAAGGCAACAACAUUUGAAGGUGAACAAGACUGAGAACUGUGACCAAACUACAUUUUGCCAUGAGUGGAAUUCUGAAAAGGAAGUUUGAAGAAGUGGAGGAUGAUCCCUGUUACUCUUCAUCUUCGCCAUCUUCCUCCUCUUCCUCCUCUUCUUCGUCCUCACCCGCUACAUCAUCUUGCUCGUUAUCCUCCAGCUGGGACUCAGAUGAUGACAGCUCCUGUGAUGAAACAUGUCCAACCAGAAGUAAUACGGCUUUUCCCUCAACACCAUUUACCCCUGUCCCCAUCCUGAAGAGAACUAAACGCAUGCGAAAGAACAACGUCCAGUUUGACCGCGUUGUUGUGUUCUAUUUUGCGCGGUGUCAGGGGUUCACUAGUGUUCCAAGUCAGGGAGGUUGCACACUGGGGAUGGCCAGCAAGCACAGCUCAUGCAGGCAGUACACGCUCGCAGAGUUUGCCAAAGAGCAAGAGCUCAUUCGCUGGAAGAAGAUCAAAGAACUUUUGAAAGAACAGAAGCUGGAUUCUUUAAGACUACAGUUGACGAAGAAUGGUACUGCUGACUCCGAACAGGCUGACCAGCUCACUGUGGAUGACAUCUUGGAUGAUGAUAUUGAUGUUGGUGAAGUGGAGCUUGAUAGCAGCUUCUUUCCCCAGCCAUACCCAGCUAAGAAGAGGCACGUGCUACUGAAAGCGGCUGGAGUCAAGAAAAUCGACCGAGAGGAAAAACGGGAGUUGAAUGCAAUCAGGAUGUCACGCGAGGACUGCGGUUGUGACUGUAAGGGAUUCUGUGAACCAGAGACUUGUAGCUGUAGCCUAGCUGGAAUUAAAUGCCAAAUGGACCGGAUGUCUUUUCCCUGUGGUUGUACAAAGGAUGGUUGUGGUAACACAAUGGGAAGGAUAGAGUUCAACUCUGCCAGAGUACAGACACAUUUCAUCCACACCAUCAUGAAGCUGGACUUGGAGAAAAGACAAUCAAAUGGUGAAAAUAGGAAUGGAGAGUCAGACAUGCCACACUUGGAAAAUCCCCAUCAUUAUGGAUAU